AUGCCCGCGACAUCGCGCAUUCGGCUUGAGUUCACAUCCAUUUCGGUAUCGGCUGUUGCGUACACAUCCCGCUUCACACAAAGAAUAUCGCACACCAACCGCCACACGGAUUGCAAUCUGUUUACUGCUACCGGGCCUUUCUUAGAUCAAAAGCAAUGCCACAAUCGUCCUCUGACGGCGCAUAAAGCCACAUUAUCCACAGAGGCCCGCUCUCGGACGGACGAGCGAAUCUUGGCUAGUCGCCAAAAUGUCACCUACUCAUGGAACUCGGUUGCUUUCCGUGAAAUAAACUCCACAAUAGCUUCGCAAUACAUACUGGUGUGGGGACGAGUUCGUUUUCCUAGACAGGGCAUGAGAGAGCACUUCCUCUAUGUUAAUUUGAUCAGACAGACGAAUGUUUCGGAAUGUAGAUGUCUAUUCAACCUACUUGGUAUAUUCUUGCCACUUGGGAUGGAAAUCGCCUUUUGGGAGCGUGCCCGGUAUUCUUUGUUUCUAGUUAUGAGAAGGUAUAUCCGUGGGUAUAAUCGAAACGGGAAAAAAGCAAAGUGCAUGAGGUAUGGAGGCGCGUUUCAUUUCUGGAUGCCAACGGUUUAUCAACCAAAGCCCUUAAACUCAAAGGUCCCCCCGUACUUCCUCGGGCCCGAAAAUAGCUACGUCGUCGUCAUUCACAAAGACUGA